AUGUCUUCCUUGACGCCACGUCGCACUCGCAAAGCUCAACUCGCAUCUUCUGGCCUAGGAUCUCACUUUGUAAGCCCAAGGAAGGCUCGAGACAAACGGAAAACUCAAACAUAUGUUGAGCUUCCUGGCGCAGAGACUAAGCGCCGCCGACUUUUGGACGCAAUGGAACGACUUUUGAAGCCGCAACACGAGGAAUCACACCCACAGUUGUUGGCACAAGCACCACCAUCUGAUACUGUGACUACGGAACACAUGGAUACUGACAAUCUUGUUGUCAGCGAAUUUCACUCUGAUGAACAGCCAUCUCUUGAGAUCUCAGUAUCGCCUGUCAAACGGCGGAUUGUGCCCGACAAAUCCACCAAUUCACUCUACAAAAACUGGAUUGCACUCAUACCAACCCUUGUUGAUCCAGUACUCCAGUACUUCAGACGAACGCAGGGCAAAGCACUGGAAAAUAUACAUCCAGUCAUAUCUGCAUGUGGGAAGCCUUCGUGUACACCGAAACGGACGACAAUGAUGUGUUUAUUCUUCGACCGGUUCACAUCUAUAGAUGUACUAAGUUGUACCUGCUCCACUCUCCAGCAAGUCCUCGUUCACCAUGGUCUAUUUCCGACCGCGCCUUCACAGCCUCGAAUGGCUGUAUCUGUUGACCUGCUCUCAUUCUACCGCGCAUUGUUUGAGCGCUCAUGUGACGCGAUUAACGCUCUCGCAUCAGCGCUCAAAAAUCACUACUCCCGGCGGGGUUACCAGAUGACUGACGCCCAGGGCGAAGUUAUACAGGACCCAUUCCGACGAGGCCUCGGCUAUGCCGUGCAAUGGUACGACAUCCUGCAAGUUGAAGUUGAGCGCCAAGUUGAGACGGUCGUUCAACAACACCGUGAUCGUAUUCUUCAUGGUAGAUCUACAGAUGAGGGAGGUGACAUUCAUGUCGCAAUGGACGGUAAUUUCCAUCACCGUCAUCGACGUGCUGCUGGAGACUGUCCAAAGUUCUAUGACCCUACUUAUUUUCUCCCGAAAACCUUUGUUGACACGAUUGGGCGCCAUAUUGACACUCAACGUAAGCGACCAGUGAGGUCUCACGUUCCCCUUGUCCCUGAUGAAGCCGUUGACCAAUGCGAGAAUGCUUACGAGGCUGCUGACGGCAAAAAACAGAAAGCGGCAAUGGAUAGCUUCGACGACACUGGAAUCAUGGCCCUUAUCUGUCGUCACGACAUCCCUUUAUUUUUUGCCAACAUAGACUCACCUGGAGAACAGCAAAAGUAUUCGGUAGCCUUACUUCAGCACUUCUUUUCACUUCUCCCCCCCGAAGCUACUGUCGUAGCUCUUUAUGAUGUCGGCUGUGUUUUGGCACGAACACUCUCCAAGCAUGAAAUUCUUCCCAAAAGCAUCACCUCACGCCUUCGAUUUGCAACCACUGCCAUGCACGCAUAUGGGCACGAGUGGGCUUGCCAGCUCGUAUAUAACCCACGAAUAUGUGUGGGUCUUGGCUUAUCUGAUGGUGAAGGGACCGAACGCCUCUGGUCUCGCUUAGUUCGAUUGAUAGGUGUUGAGCGCACUUCUAGUCGCCAACGCCGUUUAUGGUUGAUUGAUCGGCAAGCAGUGGCUAUAGCUUCGGAGAUGCGAACUGAUCUAGGCGACUGGAUCAAACGACGCCUCAGACGGGGCAUCAAGGGGCAAGGUUCAGCAGCCCAAGACGCACUAGAUCAAUGUGAGGUCUCCAUUGAAGAAUUGCAAGCCGAGUGGUCGCAGCAAAGGCAAUCUCAGUUAUCUAUCCGUGCUCAAGGAGUUGGACACAGUCUUAGCUCUCCAGGCAGAUCUGGACGCCUCAGACAAAGCAUUGCAAACCACCAGGACGAUGUUGGAGAAGAUAUGGCUUCAGAUGAUACACUAGAGGCUCUCGAAAGUCUAGAGAGGGGACACAAUCGCCUGAUGAACAAGGUCGAGGCUCUUUACUCCUCAUUGAAUGUUCAUGACAGAUUUCCUGAGCUUCAUGGCAUCAAUCUCGAAUUUGUUCGCAUCCUUCUCAUGGCACGCGAUCUCAAAAUGAACAUCGAGCAGUCGGGUGGCGCUCAGCAAGCGUUAGGACUGAUGGAGGAUGUGUGGAUUACACCGUCUCAUGGAGAGGUUCCGUGGUGGUUAGACGACACAUCUACAAGAGAUGGCAUUCGUGCACUUCUCAAGCGUGAUCGGUGUCGAGAGGAGCAGGUUCGGCUAGGUGUUGAGGCCGAUAACCUGUGCCGCUUCUUCGGAAAUGAGUUGGGGGCACUUGAACUUGCCCUUCGGUCGCCAAACAGUGAACCAUUCGCAGUUCUAUUGCAACAACGGCAUGCCAAUUUUAUCUGCCUUCAAACACGAUGGUCAAAUUGCUUGGCUUCUUCGGUACGCUUUACUAAUGAAGUCAGCAAGGCAGUAGCCAUUGCGACCACCCUCUCGGGAGGCUCACCAAACAUGGCACUUCAUUGGAUUAAUGCCAGCAUGCUGGUAGUGUCUGAUUCUGAAGGUUGUGAUGAACUCCCUAUCGUCGAUCCUGACCAUUGCCCCCAAGUCGACUCUGAACAAGCAGCUCUGGCCGAUGUCCUGGAGGGUGAGAUGGGGGCAAUUGAGUUAGAUGACGAUGACUCAACAAAUUAUGGGCGCGAUGCUAAUGCUAAUCUCCUUGUGGAUGACUUCUGCGUCCCAUCGCAAGAGCCAGGUGUCCUCGACCCUGCUAAAAUUUUCGCGCGAAUACGACCUUCGCAUGACAGAAUCCCUCGUCUAGAGUUUGAUCCAAAAGAAAUCGGUAUACUCAGUUCUCCUACUGCAUGCCUCAAUGAUACAUGCAUUAACAACUGCACCAUUCUCCUGUGGUGCUCUCAACUGAACACCUCCGCUGCACGGUGUGCGAUACUCUCCACUCACGAUCUUCCCCGCAUUCGUUACAAUGCCCCAGACGACAACAUCUGGCGCCAUACAAUGUGGAUUCGUUAUUGGGAAAAAGACAUAUGGGUUCUUCCGAUUCAUCGUCCAUCAGGGAUUGGACACUGGGUGAUGUGCGUCAUCCAGUUGUCGACCAAAGAACUUUACCUGUUUGACAGCAUGGGCGACAGGACCCCUUGGCAAAGUGACGUCAAAGAUAUAAUGAGACUGAUUGCUCGGUUCCUUGCAGUUGUGCGUCAACACGGCCAUCAUGUUCAUAUUGAUCUUGCAGGGUGGGUGGCUCGACCACUGAAUACCAAACGUCUUCAGAAUAACGACUUUGAUUGUGGCGUGUGGGUAUUGGCUGCAAUAUUCGCUGUUAUACGUGGCAGCCGUGUUACAGGCCUACAUGAGCAGGACAUGGGCAAUCUGCGACGCUAUGUGCGGAGUAUGGUGCUUGCAUUACCAGCUCUCUCGAGUUACACAUUCGGCCAUGACCUUGUGUCUUGUGCAUGCCUGCAAGCUGCUAACACGAGCAUUGAGCUCAUCCCAACCUAUAGGAAUCGGGAAGGGAGAGGGUUGAAUAUUGGAUUAGGGAAGACGCCUGAAGAGCAUGCAGAUCCCCAGAUCUGA